AGCGGACAUGACAUCAGAGUUGUGUACACCAGCAGCUGAACUGGACGAAAAGUAUCCGUCCGAUAAUAUAUUUUUCGUCUUGUUGUGAAUAUUUGUCAUCGGCGUCAUUACACGUGUCAAUCCCGGUGCCGUCGCCGUGGUCCGGGUUGAUCCGGACCUCCUGGUUGUGUUUCACCGCAAGCCUUUUUAUUUCUUGUUUACAAAACCGAGGCCUAGCCGUGGUUGCUAAGCUAAGCUAUCUGUCAGCGCGAGCUACGUCCUACUGCUGUGACUCAAGCCGAGUGCUCCAUGUCCGCUCAGUGUCACUAGAAGUGUGUCCGGUCCGAUGAUGUGGUUGAAGUUGUUCUUCCUGUUGCUCUACUUCCUUUUACUGUUCAUGCUGGCAAGGCUCUUCGAGGCAGUAGUUUGGUAUGAAACGGGUGUGUUUGCGACCCAGCUCGUGGACCCAGUGACCCUCAGUUACAAGAAGCUGAAGACCAUCCUGGAGUGUCGCGGACUGGGCUACUCCGGGCUGCCGGAGAAGAAGGAUGUCAGCGAGCUGGUGGAGAAGUCAGGAGAGCUGACUCAAGGGGAGUUGUACUCAGCCAUCAAGAAGGAGGAAGAACAAAAUGAGGAGGGAGAUGCCAGCAGCACACACUUCAGUGGAGAGAUGCACUUCUAUGAACUAGUUGAAGACACGAAAGAUGGGAUUUGGCUGGUUCAGGUCAUUGCUCAGGACCGUGAGGCGUUGCUCAGUCACGCUAACUGGGGAAAGAUGGUGCAGAAAGUGUCUCAAUUUGGGAUCAGGACCGGUACCUUUAACUGCUCCCACGAUUACAGGCCAUGUAUCCGCCGUGGCUGGCAGCGCUCCACCCUCAUCAUGUCUGUCCCUCAGACAUCAGCCUCUAAAGGCAAAGUGGUCCUCAAGGAAUAUACUGGCCGCCGCAUUGAAACUGAUCACAUCUUUCGCUGGAUGACCUCACACAUGGCUCAUCGGGUCAAAACUCUCAGUUCCACUGAAAAGCUACUGGAGGAGUGGAACUCUGACUCAACCUGCACUGUCAAAAUGUUCAUGUUUGCCCACCUGCCCCAGCCCCCUGCAUUCUUCUCUUCACUGUCUGUCAAGUUCACUGGCAGGAUUGAGUUCAUCUUUGUGGACGUCCGCCAGUGGGAUAACCACAGUAGUUUGUCCGAGAUUGGUGUGACUCAGACUCCUGCCUAUAUCUUGAAGAUGCCUGAAGGGAUAUAUCGCUAUGGGAACAGCACCGGUGAGUUUCUGUCUCUUGCAGCCAUGGACUCAUUUCUCCGGUCAGUGCAGCCAGAGGUCAACGAUCUCUUUGUGUUGAGUCUUGUCCUGAUCAACUUGCUGGCCUGGAUGGAUCUGUUCAUCACACAGGGAGCAACAGUGAAGCGAUUUGUGGUUCUAAUCCGAACACUUGGGACUUACAACUCCAUACUGCUGGUGUCAUGGCUUCCUGUUCUGGCUCUCAUCCAACUACCCUAUCUGGACACUCUGUACGGUUUCAGCCUGAAAUUGCUGAGGUACGCAGACACCACCACGCUGGCCAGUCUCGUGCGAGCCGACUGGACCUUCUACUCGUCCCACCCUGCCCUCUUCCUGUCUACCUACCUUGCUCAUGGGCUGCUAGUGGACUACUUUGAAAAGAAGCGUCGCUGUGGCAACAGAAUUCAGGAGGACAGCACCACCAACCUGGAGUGGCUGGCGAGUCUAUGGGACUGGUACACAUCCUACCUGCUGCACCCCAUUGCAUCUCUGCAGCAGGUUCCCUCUGACUUCUCGGAUUGGGAUGAUGAUCCAAACGUCUUCUUUGAGAGAUUGGCCUAUCCUGAUCUCUGGCUGCGGCCAUUGGUGACCAUGGACUAUAUGAAAAGCUUGCCAACCUGGAGAUUCCGAGUGGUCUGUGUGGAAGGGUGCAGUGCGAGAACAGAUGACGAGACUGAUGGCUCACAUUCAGACACAGAUUGCGAGGAGCGGGCUGAAGUUACAGCUUGUAGACUUGGACCCGGUGGUGAGUGCACUCUGAACCGCAAAGUGUGUUCCUGUCUAGAUUCCCAGUCCAGUUCUGGUUGUUGUAAGGAAUGGUCAGCAUCAGCUGACCAGGUAGAGAAGAAGGAAGCCUCCCACCACCCUCACUGUGACUGCUCAGCGUGGCCAGGCGAUAUGCUGCCUUGCUCUGAGUGUGUUGUGUGUUUGGAGAACUUUGUUAGCAGGGAUGUGCUGAUGGGCUUGCCCUGUGGCCAUGUCUUCCACCAGCGCUGCAUAGUGGUGUGGCUCUCAGCUGGACGCCACUGCUGCCCUGUGUGUCGUUGGCCCAGCUACAAGAAGAAACGACACCCCACUGCACAAAGCACUUCUACGGAGAACACACAACUGGAUUCGUUGUCCACUUGAUUAAAGCUCCCAAACCUUCACUUUACAUGCUCAUCUAGGAGGUAACUGAUGACCUCCAACAUAUUUCCAUUCCUUAGAAGCUAGAAAGAAGCUUAAUUGUUUCCAUCUGACAUUACCCGAAUUGGAAAAGCACCUCAGUCAGUGGUAGGUAAAGUAGUCAACAGGCCAUUGGCAAAACCCAGGUGACUGCUUCAUUCCUCUUUUAAAAUGUGCCUCGAUGUGAAGUAAUAGUUUUUAAAGUUAGUGACCUAUACAGAAUAUAUUUCAUCAUCAUGAUUUAAUUUCCUCCAUGAGCUGCAUGGAUGUAGCAUGAUUCCCCCCCAAGAGAUGUUGAUGACAGCUUUAAAAAUACCUUCAAAAUAAGAGUCGUCCGGAAGACAGAUAAGAACCUAACCAAGAGACAUAAGAUGUGGGAAAAUUUUCUAUGUAUGUGUAUGUUCUGAUGACAGCUUGUCACUGGACUCUAUUAGGAAGAUGAAAAUUGUAUUAACUUAUUGAGAAUGAUUUAACAGUAGUAUAACUGAAUAAACAUUCGCCAUUCCAAAAAGAUUUUGUUUGGCCUGUUGGAGUUGCAUUUCACAUCACAUCACAUGCGUGUGCCAUCAGUGAUACAGCUGCCAGCCAGCCUAUAUAGCUAGUCAGUGGUCUUUUCCUUUGUCCCAGGGUUCGGAUUAGACAUGUCUCCAACAUUUGUCAUCCCGUCUCUCCCCUCCACAUGUCCAAACCAUUGGAGUCUGGCCUCCCUACUGUUGUCUCCAAAUUUCUCCACAUCCCUCUGAUAGAUUUGUUUCGAGUCUUGUCCUUCCUGGUCAUCCCCAAUAGAAGCCUGAGCAUCAUCGGCUCUGGACUCUUCUAACUUUGCUUCUUGUCAUUGCGACGUAGCUACUGUCUCUAAACCGGCAUCCAUCGUGGCAGGUCUCACUUCUGUCCUGUCGAGCUUCCCUUUCACUCUACCUACCACUCUCUCACAGGUCCUCCCUGACAGUUGUCUCCACCUGGUGAUACCUGCCUGCACCCUCCUCUUCAUCUAUUUUAGUCUCUUUCUGUAGGACUGAUCCCAGAAACUUGAACUCAUCAGAUCUUCCUGCAUCUCUCGCUCAUUUACACACAUUAUUCUGUCUUGGUUCUUUUGGGCUUUAUUUCUCUUUUCUCCAUCACAUACUUUCACCUGUCUCUUCUUUAUUCUCAUCAACGUCAUGCUCCAUGAGUCAGGCUUAUGUGAUUCCUCAUAGACUUAUAUAUAGUUACCCACAAGACCACUAGACUUCAUCACAAUAUAGGGUUAACUGAUCAACACUCUGCAAUAUCAAGCGGUUUCAUUAAAUUCAUUUAAAAGGUUAUUGCAAUUAUCACAUUUUAAAUGAUAAUUAUGAUCAGGACUAAAUAGUUUGUGGAAAGAAAACAUUUCAUGGUUUGCCCACCCCUGAUUUGUCAGAAACUACUUCUGUUGAACAAAGAUUUUAUUUUGUAUUCACUACCCAGGUUAUGAAUCCAUGACAUAAUGGCAACAUUAUUUGUGAUAUGGCCCCACAACACUCAAAAACAACACUGGUGCCGUUUGUCAAGUUGACCCAGUUCCUCCAGCACACAUGUAACCACAGAGGAGCUAUGCACACUAAUAAACAGGUGAACAUUAUUGGCUAACAUGGUCACGCUGACAGUUUCUCCCUGCAGGUCAAAUGUCCGCCUUCAGUCUGAGGGUCACUGACUAGUUUUGGGAUAAAAUG